AAAAACAUGUUGCAGAAUAGAGCUCUAGUUGUAGAAUGAGCUCCGCGAACUAUGUUGUCAUCUGUCACAUUUGGCCUUCAAUUCGCUGGUGAUCCUGGGCACUGGGGAACUAAUGCAAUUUCCAAAAGGUUUUGCAAUGUAUGAGUGAGGUGUUCAAUAACUUCGAUGGUGUGACAAACGAGUAAAAUAAUCCCCGUGUUAAAAUGACAUCGAGGAGUAAGAAUGCUGUGCGAGGCUACGAAACUGAGAUCGAGAAGAGUCGUGAGGAGUCUAAUUGGAAGAAGGCAGUGGAAUUGGCUCAGCAGUUGAAGGCCAGGUCACCGCAGCAUGAAAGCCUCGCCCACUUCCUCAUCGGGGAGGGUAAGCUUGAAGCCCACCUUGAAGAAUGGCCGCCCAGCAAGGAGAACAUCGAAAGGGCACAGCGAGAGCUCUCUGAGGCACGCGGCUACCUCACACUGGCCACGGACGAGGCGGGCAAGAGGGCUGGAGUGGCACUGGAUGCUCAUCUACUGCUCGGAAAGCUGAACUAUGCGUGUGGAGCAUAUGAUGAUGCACUCAAAAAUUAUAAACUGGCAGAGCUGAAUACUUUGACGGAGAAAGAGUUACCUGUUCGCAGUCUCCGCAUCGUGGCGGAGUCGUACGCCAUCAAGGGUCUGUGCCUGGAGCUGAACACCGUGCCCGGCUCCACCAGCCGGUACAAGCAGGCCGAGAGGGAAAAUGAAAUGAUCCGCAGUUUCGAGCUAUCCUCAGACCUGACCCUGCUGUACCUACAACGCACGGGCGCCAACGCGCACGCGGGCCCCACGCUCGAGACCGCGCUACAGAGAGUGCCCAUACUGCAUAUACGAGCUGGCAGGCUGCAGAAUGCUAUCGAUAGGUAUCGUGAGAUGCUGAACGCGGUGGAGUCGACGUCGACGCAGGCGCUGCGCCUCACGCUCACGCGGCAGCUGGCCGAGGUGCUCAUGCGAGGUGUCACUGGACAGGUGUACAAAGCGCCAGAGAAGUUAGCGGUGGUGCCCGCUACUGGCACGUUGUCGCGGCGGCGAGACGAUCAUGUCGCUGACGGGCCCUGGAAACCUAAGAGAUAUGCUGCUAUUAAUCAGUUCGUCCCGCGCAACGAGUACGAGGAGGUGGUGCUGCUGCUGCUGGUGGGCGAGGCCAUGGCGGUGCGGGACGCCGUGCUGUCGCAGAGCGCGGAGUUCGAGGCCGCCCGGGCACAUGCCCUGCGCAACGCCAUCGCCGUCACCGACCUGCUGGCCCUCGCCGCCACCCGCUGGGGGCAGCUGUGUCUCGUGCUGGAGGUCAGUAUGUCGAGGCCGCCCGGGCACAUGCCCUGCGCAACGCCAUCGCCGUCACCGACCUGCUGGCCCUCGCCGCCACCCGCUGGGGGCAGCUGUGUCUCGUGCUGGAGGUCAGUAUGUCGAGGCCGCCCGGGCACAUGCCCUGCGCAACGCCAUCGCCGUCACCGACCUGCUGGCCCUCGCCGCCACCCGCUGGGGGCAGCUGUGUCUCGUGCUGGAGGUCAGUAUGUCGAGGCCGCCCGGGCACAUGCCCUGCGCAACGCCAUCGCCGUCACCGACCUGCUGGCCCUCGCCGCCACCCGCUGGGGGCAGCUGUGUCUCGUGCUGGAGUCCCUAGAGCGCGCAAUGAAGUUCUCAUUCAACUGCGCGCACAUCUGGCGGCAGCGCGCGCUCGCCACCGCCGCCGCCGCGCCCGCCCGCGCCGCGCCGCCCGCCGCGCCCGCGCACGUGGCGCCCGCCUCGCCCGCCUGGAGCGCGGGGGUGCGGGCUGCGGGGGUGGCGCGGAGAGCCGCCACGCUGGUGCCGCAGGACACGCCGCUCAGAUUAGUGGCUGCUAGCACGUGCUAUAGGAUGGGUUGGAUAGAGGAAGGCAUAGAGAUGUCGGAAGAGGCGUUGGCGAUAGAGGACGCGCGCGGUGGCCGCAUGCUAGCGCGGUGCUGCCUCUACGCCGGACAGGGAUACCAGAUGAAGGCACAGAAAACAAACGCCCGCAUAGACAAGGAGGCGGCUAACGACACGUCACUGAAGCUGCUGCUGCGGGCGGUGUCGCUGGACGACAACGACCACCUCGCCUUCUACUACCUCGCGCUGCAGUACAUGCACCUCGGCAUGCUCAACGAGGCCAUGGACGCGACGCGGUCGUGCCUGGCGGCGCGCGCGGAGUGCGGCGGCGGGCUGCGCCUGGCCGUGGCGCUGUGGUCGUGCGCCUGCGCCGGCUCGCGCGGGGCCAGAGCGCUGGCGGCGGCGCGGCUGGCGCGCGACCACUACCCGCACGCUGACUGGCCGCUGGCGGCGCUAGCGCAGCUACAGUUGACGUGGGAGACGCCUGAGGAAGCAUUAGCGACGGGCAAGGAGCUGUUAUCACUGGUGAACAGUUCCGAAUCGGAACUGGAGCCGGAACACAAUGGCUACGCGGAACUGGACGCCAUGUCUGACUCCGUGCACGACGACACGCAGAGCAAUCGAGAUGCUGCAUCGAUACGCGCGGAGUCAGCAGGAGUAUACCGCAUCGAGCGAGCAUUAUCUGAGGGAGCAUCGUCACUAUCGACGGCGCGGCCGCGGGUGCCGGGGGCUGACAGCCGCGCCCAGGCCUGGCUGUUACUGGCACAACUUUGUCUCAGGUUAGGGCGGGUGAGCGCGGCGGCGGGCUGCGUGUCGGAGGCGGCCACGCUCACGCCCUUCAGCCAUCUUGUAUUAUAUACGCGAGGUUUAGUUCACGCGGCCAGUUCCGAGUGGGAUGAGGCGCGGCAAUGUUUUCAGAACGCGUUAGCGAUACAUCCCACACAUUUGGACAGUAUGGUACAAUUAGGCGCGGCGUACUACAACCUGGGGUGGCUGGGGCUGGCGGAGAAGGCGCUGCGCGAGGCGGCGGCGCUGGAGCCGGGCCGCGCCGACACGUGGCGCCGCUUGGCGCUGGUGCUCUGCGCCGCCGCCGAGCCGCUCGCCGCCGCCGACGCCGCCGCCGCCGCGCUGGCGCUGCACCCGCACGAGCCCAAGCUCUGAUACACGCCCACGCUACGAGUCACCUGCUGAUGUGUCCUACUCCAAGUCUACAACCCUAUCUAUGAUGUGCUACUACUCGUAUACUGGAACUUCCUAUUUCAAAUCAGUGAAUUUCUAAACUUGAUAAUGUCCUUUUUCCAGCCUGUCUUUAGAGUGCUUCUACACGGUGCAUGUUGAGGCACAUGCGCAGUUUACAUGAAUUUUAAAAACGUACGUGGUACCAAAUCAAAAUACCCACCCGCGUGCUCUUAUCACUUGCGCAUGUUAAUUUGCUCCAGCUACAUGCACCGUGUAGACGCACUAUUAUAAAUGAUAACUUUUCUUCAGACCUGGCGAGGUAACGAAAUCCACGUCUAAUUAAAUAAAAAAAUAAAAAAUAUAUCCUCAUAUUUAUAUUAAGAUAUACCUUCCCGAUGUUAAAGAAAAACAAAACCUUCAUAUAGUCAAAUGUAUAUUAUUAUUAACAGAAUAAUGAAAUCCUUAUCAAUGCAAAUAAUGACCUUUAAAAUACAGCAUUGUUAGCAGCCCAAUACAAAUUUUACAGUGAGCCCUUUGAAACCACAUUUACUAAAUAAUUAUAAUGUGCACUUCCUGAAACCUGUCAAUAUAAUAAUGCAAAUAAGAAACAAAAUAAAAUAUUUUUCUUCUACUACAUAUGUAUUUAAAAAUGUCUAAUACAACCAAAUAGAAAUAAUGAAAUACGCCUAGAUAAACGAGUUUAGCUACCUGGUCUAGCUAAACUUCUAUUUCGUUAUCCUAGGAACAUUUCAAAAUAUAGAUCAAUUAAACAAAAAUAGAAUAAUCAAGUAUAAAUAAAACUGCCGAUUAGUACUUAUAAUGUCUAAAUAAUGAUAGUGAGAUAAAUUUACGCAUAUGAUCUGUAAUUCCUAACUCGAUAAAGUAGGGUAAAAUGUUUUGUGUUGCCACAACGAAUCGACAUCUAUCGAAAUUUACACGUUAACUAAUGUAUGCAACGUGUGUACGAAGUUAGCGCAUAAUAUGCACAUUUAGCGCAAAGAUAGCGCAGAUUUGCGCAAAGUUUGCGAAACAAUACUGAAGAAAGUGAUCUGCUCUGAUAUCUGCAAUAUCAAACGAGUUUACGACGCAAUUUUAAACAAAUUGAAACUCAUUCCCGACUCGAGUCAAAUUUUACAAAAUUUUAAAAAAGAAUACUACGACGGACGAUCAAACUCGGGUAUAAAAAACAAUGAUUAGGACGCUCGAAGUAACUCGGACAAUGUAGAGAUAAAAAAUAAAUUAAUACGAAAUAUUUAGGCGUAAUGUAGUGCAAACGUUUUAGAAGCAUUUAGCCUGUACCUGUACUCGCGUCGGUUCUACUAGCGUAUCUUACGAACUUACGACUGACUACUGUAUUUACUCGCCUCGGAAUUGAUGUACGCACGUGCUUCAUUGCUCAUGGUGACUGCAUAUUUUCAUACAUCUUAAUAUCGAUAAAAUUAUAUCCACAAUUUCUAGACAGAUGUGCCUCAAAACCACUUGCAAGUCAAUAUAAAUCAUUCUAAACUAAGAUACUAUAUUCAAUACUAAAUAAUCAUUCUAUGGAUAUUGUAAUUGUAAUAGGUCACCGUGAACAAUGACGUCACAUACAGUUUCUUUCCUUCAAUAAAGAUAACGAAAACUGGCGAGGGGAAACUUUGUAUGUAGGAAUCGUCAUUCACUCGCCAUUAUUCAAAAAAAGUAACGUCAGCGCCUAAAGUCGAAAAUAUAAAUAAAAUCUACGCUUUAUUUUUUUGGUGUCGAACAACCUUUGUCGCUGACUUUACUAUCGCUGAAUAUAAAAAUAUAUAAUUUCGUUUGCUAUUGGAUACUGUACAUACCACAAAACUAUUCAACAUUGUCGUCAUAAGUUCCUGUUCACUGUGAAACAAAGCUAUUUAAAACUAUAUGAAAACGAAAAGAGAAGCAAUAUAUAAAAUUAUUAGUUAAAAUAAACAUACAGAUACGCAGAUAUUAUUGUACAUAAUGUAGUUCUCUAUUAAUUUCCCGAUUUCAAGUGAUUGGUUGUAGAGUAUCGUGAACUACGCCAGCUUACAGCGAGUAAUAACCUAAGACAAUAGCUCGUUACUCUCUAGUUCGGUGUCUGUGAUUGUAAAUCAUUAAAUAUUAUUAUUAUAUAAUACGUUUAUAUCGUUCGUGUACGUGUGCUACUUUGUAUUUAAUUGUUGAAACAUGUUUCCUUGGAGCAUGUAAACUCAUGCUGAACGUGUCGCCAAUAUAAAGUUUAUCUUUAUUUCCUUUUCUAUAACUCAACAGCUCUACAAAUCAUAUUAGCGUUUUAAUUAUUAGCUUCCUAUAUCAAUGAUAUAAUUCCAUCACUAGUGUCGAUGAAUUGUUUAAAUGCUCCAAGUAUUUUCAAGUCCCGUCCAGUGGUUUCAAACAUUUUGAUUGUGACUUGCGUGUAUGAUAUAAUUGUAUAUAGUAUUGCGGAAAUAUCUUCGUCUUGUUUUUUUCCAUAGUUGUAUCAUAAUUACUUUAUUGAAAAUAUUGUGUAAUUUUCUUAACUAAAGUGAUGUUAAUACUUUUAAACAUUAUUAUUAUUAUAUCGCUAUUGUAUAAUUAUGGUUUAGGCAAUUUAAUUAUUUAUUGUAAAUUAAGACCAAUUAAGGAAAUAUUUGUGUAAUUUUAAUAUCCUUGUGUUUGUAACAAACUUACAGACGCGUCAUCAGUGAUUAUGAUAAUAUUGAAUAUUAUUAAAAACUGUGUAACUUGACACUUGUAGCGUGGUGUGCAAUGUGUCAGACUAUUUGUCACUAAAUAUUCCAAAAAGUCCGCGAUAUUUUCUUUACGUACAUUGCACGUUACUGGAACAAAGCUCUGUAACCAUGCUUAUUUUUGCUAGUACUGAGGACGCGACUGUAAGUCUCAUCGCUCACAUGCGCCGACCUCAUUAGCUAAGGAGAUCAUCGCCAUAUACAUAUGUAAGCUACCGGUGCGCAUAUCAUUACUUAGGCCCAAGCUCACCCACAAAAUUAAAGUCAGUGUCCCUUAAACACCGAUUUUAACGUUUAAUAUUCUUAAUGUUUAUGCUGUAAAACUGAUGUUUAUGCUGUCGGUGUACUUGGGCCUUAGUGCAUUGUAACAUUUUAUUGUUGCUAGUCUGUUUUGCAUGCUGCGUGAAGUACAGUUCGCGAAAAAUAUCUUUGGUUCUCUGAUGUUAGCUAUUGGAUGCCUAAAAUAUUAUUUUGUGAAUAUUUUUUGGCACUAUUGUGGUUUCAACAGAAGUCAAUUUCCAAGCAAAGCUUCUCGACAAUAUCUGUGGAAACAAAUGCUCAAGGAGUCAAAUGGCUAACUUCAGGAUUGCAAAGUUAUUUGGCGCGAACAGCAUUGAGUAAUCAUAACGUGUUUGAAGCAAUAGUUAGUAAGCUUGAAGAUACGUAUCAAUUUAGUUUACUGCGGUAUAUAACUAUAAAUGCGAUUGUGGUUAAGUACGUUAUAAAUUAUAAUAAUAUACGAUACACGUUUGUUGAUAAUGCCGACCUUCCUUUGCAAAGAAUUUUAAUAUCUUGAAACCCUAAAUAAGUACCUAAUCAUAAAUAUUUAUUGGAGAUCGUAUUUUAAAUCUAGAUCGAGUUUUACAAGUUACAUAAUAAUAACUUUGGCGCGUGUAUCAUUUUUAAUUAGUUAAUGAAUAAUUGAAGGUUCUAUAGGUUAAUUAGUUGGUGUUGUGCUAGCGGUGUGAGAGUGGUGACAGAGUGGUGGUGGCUGGUGGUAGCGUGGUGAGAGUGGUGGUAGGCUCGGUAGACUUCCAGGGGUGCACGUGUUAGAUUAUGUAGACAGGAAUCGGUGCGAAAAGUCCGUUGCUAAAUGAAGUUGACACCUUUUUACUGCGUGUAAAAUAGUACAAGAAAUCAAUAAAAUUCACAUAAAAUACCAUUAUGGUGUGUAAACUGUGUCAUUAACAGUAUUUUGUGUCACAUUCCGUAAGAGGUUAGGAAUAAUCUAAAAGUUUUAAGUAUUAAUUGCAAUUAAUGAACAAAGUAAACUUAACGAAGCAAACACAAAGUACUAGUUUAAGUAAUAAAACGUUCGUUUCUCCGAGGUAAUUAAAAACACAUAAUUUGUGGUUAGCUGCCGUUUAAUAGUAUACACGAGUCAUGCCUCGGCCAACACUUUUCGCACCGAUUGUACAGAGUACGGUUCUAAUGCGAGAGCCUCAUUAAAACAAAACGACAUUAUUUUUAGAUAAUUAUAUGACGACUCUCAUUAAUUGAUCAUGGUAUUUUUUCCUAUAAUAAAUACAUUUGUAUAUUUAGCAAUUUACUACAAAGUAUUGCCAAUAGGUUUAUCCUUUUUGUUCGCACUGACGUGGGUAAAAAUAGAUAUUUAAUUUCGUAUUUUACCUAAUAUAUUGACUAUUAGAAUUGAUCAUUUGCUUAUUUUGAUGUGGUCGUCUCACCAUGUGAUCGAAACCUGGCAAUAAUUUGUGUCGCAACUAAUCAAUAGCAAAUAUAAUGUAAUUAAAUAUUGAUAUGUUUCCGAAUAGUGGUUAGCCGGUGGUAGUGCCAAUGUCUGUCUUAUACUUAUAAUGUGAAUGUCUAACGUGGUGUCUGUUCUCAAGAACUGCUGAGCACUGGGCUAUGUGACAUGUCCUUGUAUCGAAGCCAUUUAUAUUGUAAUAAGGGUCACUUGGAAGUGAAACUGUCGGCUCAUUUAAAUUAAUGGAGCUAUUUGACUACGCUGUACGUUACAACUGGAAAAUUGCUUACUUGGAAUGCAAUAAUAUAUUAUAAUAUGUUCUAUUUUGCAUAAGUUUAGUGUCCACUCUUAAUCUAUGUAAUAAUUCUGAAACUUUUGCAUUCCUUGUUCAUCUCACAAUCAAAUGUCGUUUUCUAUAAUUUGUCUUAGAGAAAUGGCAUUUAAAGUAAUAAUGGCGUUAAUCAGUGCUUGUUCAUGAACAUAUCGACCCCUUUACUUAGGAUCUAUACGUUACGGUGCUUCGCAACAGUUUGGUUGUGCUCGCAGGUACAGUCCGCUACACAAGUGUUACAGUCUCGAGUAUUUGUUAAGUUGAAGUAGCAUAUGCACACGUGUGUGUUCAUUUAUUAGUCUUGCCACUCUGCUAUUUAGUUUUUUAUGGAGUCUUGAUGCGUGUGUGAAUACAUUUAUGUACUUGAAAUUUGUGUAGCCGAUUGUACUUGAAUGAAUCUAAUUUAAUGCAAUUUGUUGAAUCGUAGCACUCUGUUAUAAAGUAAGUAGACACAUGUACAUGUUCCGCAACAGCUCGGCACCUGUUUACAUACAAAUAUUACUGUUUGCUAAUUACAUUAUUGUAUGUAAUAAAUAUAAAUAAAUAAUUAAUUAUUAUGUAAUGUUCAUAUGUUUUGCUCGUUUGUAGGUUACCAGAGUUUACGUUUAAAGCCUGGCAGAGUUGCCUCGGCUCGAGUAGGCGACAGCUUCCAAACAAUUCCAUCUUUCAAAAGUGAUAGUUACGUGUCAGUGUCGUGUAUCUCUAUCCCUUCCUAGUGUUCAUUAAUCCUUAUACAAAGGAAAGAGACGAAACAUUUUGAAAUGUUGUGUGUUCGAUAGCUUUUACUGUCCGAGCGUCGCGAGCGACAGAUACGACACGCUGACGUCGUGUCUGUCGGCGCGAGCGGCGGCGUGUAGCUGUAAUCAUAUAAAUGUAUAAUAAUCCUGUAAUCUAAAGACCAAUGUAAUAUUUAUUGUCGGUCGUCAUAGUUGAAUAAUACAUUAUUGUAUUGAACUUCACAAGUUUUCUAUCGUGAGUCUGUCGAUCACUAUAUUGUAUGUCGGUCUGUUCGUCGGCCUCGUCAAAUGUUACAUUUUGACUUUAUGCACAUAGUUGUUUGAAAUAUGUGUAGAUGUAGCAUUUUAAUUAAUUAAUAUUAAUUCACUAAAAUAUUUGAAACACGAGGCAGGUGAUUUUAUAAACACUAAGAUAAAUGACAAAUAAGAAAAUCUUUUAUUAGCAACUGGAUAUUUGACGAGUACCGGCAGUAGACCGACCUGUGAGUAUACUGACAGUGAAGGUAUAACUGUGUAGAUGUAUAUAAUUUAUCUAUACAUAUAAAAUAUAAAUACGUUUAUAAACCUGUUGUGCUCUUGUGUACUUUACUACGUUGUAGAUGUUGUUCUUGGCAUUCGAUGUUGACUGUAUAUAAAACGUUUAAGGAUAUUAAAAAAUAAUAAUUAUUAUGUUACAUAA